AAUCAACUGCACGGCAUCUCUGCAUAAAAUAUUUGUGGGUGCUGAAAUUGAAUGGGUGGAGUCAAUUGAAGUGCUGUCGUCUCAAUCAGCAAUUGAAGGAGGAAUUUCCAUCUGGCGAUAGUUUUUAAAUGUGACAAACAAGGAGAAAUUCAAGAUGCACAGAAGCUCUCCAGAUGCUGCGUGUUCGCAGCCACCCUGUAUCGGGUUUCCCGGAGAGACUCAUAAAUUGAGAGAAAUGAGAAAACUGAGAGGCGCGAGAGCGUGAGAGUGUGGAAAUCACAUAGAGAAGUGGCAAAAGACGCUCAAAGAGUUUUCAUGUUUUCAGUUGGCUGAGAUCAGCCGUGUGAGAACCUCCGUGGUCCAUAUUUCACAAUUCACUACACUGAACUUGAGAGUAUUUCUGAAGUCAAAGGCUCGAAAAGAGAGGAAAAUUAGGAAAUCCGCGCGCGCCCUAAAAAUUUUUUUUGGGAAAGUUUGGAGCAAAGUUGUUAACGUGAAAACCACAAAAUUAGAGUGAUUUUCAGGCAAUCUCUUUGUUUGGCGAGUACUUAGCUGUGAAUUCUGUCAGGUGUUUUGUAAAUUGGUGUUCUCGCCAUCCAGAGUCGACAACAAAGGGCCCCAAUAAGCGCUCACUGUGAAGAUGACAGAGAACAAAGAUAAGAAUCCUGACGGGAGUUCUCGUACUCGGAGAUAUGUCGUCAAUACAGAUCGAAGUGGAGAAAUUCAUGUCACAGUCCAGGGCGAUUUGACGCAGCAAGAGAAGAGAGCCGUCUUCAUGACUGUGCACGAUUUGGGAUGUAAUCACACAUCAUUCCAGGACUUUGUCAAUAGUCCAUGCAUGACAGAGAUUAAGGAGCGCUCGUGUUUCAUCCACAUCGACGCACCGGGUCACGGCGACAAUGCCGACCCGCUGCCCGACAGCUUCCCUUUUCCCUCGCUCCAGACACUCGGCGAGGAUCUGGUCACCGUGCUGGAUUUCUUGCACGUGAAGUAUGUGAUUGGCCUGGGCGAGGGCGCUGGAGCCAAUGUGAUGGCCCGCUUCGGGCUGGCCCACUCCUCGCGGUGCCUCGGCCUCAUUCUCAUCAACUGCACCGGAAGUGCAGCAUCAGUAUUGGAGACUUUUAAGAACAAGUUUAUCACUUGGAAGGCUGAUGAAGUUGCCAAAUCUGCUGAAGCUUUCUUGGUUUACCACAAAUUCGGCCAUUUGCAAUAUUUACACGAGCAAUUGGUGGGUGAUAAUCCGGACAAGGACAAAGUGAUUGCAGACUUCCAGAGUCGCCUCCGUGGUAAAUUGAACAAUAAGAACUUGGGACAAUACGUGAAGGCAUUCAUGAGUCGCAAGGACUUGUCACUGAAGGCGUGCAAAGUGGACAUUCUUCUCAUAACGGGCAUGCUGAGUCCCUAUGCCACUGUUGUGGAGAAGCUCUUCAGAGAUCUCGACAAAGAGAAGGUGACCAUGUUGAAAAUCGAACGUGCCGGAGAUGUCUUGGCGGAUGCUCCCGCCAAGGUGGCGCAGUCGAUUCUGCUGUUCUGCAAGGGCCAGGGACAGCUCACGUCUGUUGUGAUGCCGGGCGUUGAUCGCUCGCGCGCCUACUCCACCAGCUCUGGCGGCUCCAAUGACGGCAACACACCCGUGGGGGCGCUCUCGCGGCGUCUCUCGCGCGGCAUGUCCAUGGAGGAGUACGACAAGCCCAACAUCCGGAGACUCAGCAUCACAGUCAACGAUCAACUGCCGCCGAUCAAGAAAAACCACCCCCCGAAGAUUAAUCAUUAGUGGAUGCAGAGAUAUGAGAGAAUCAUAAGCAGAAGACAGUGUGGAGCAAUUUCUUUUUGGUCAUGGCUAGACAUUGGACAUUUAUGAGCUCCUCACUGGCAAUGCACCUUUAUAUUAGGACUUUGUAAGGAGCUGAGCACUAUCAAUUCUCAUGAGUAAAAGCAGUGAAUGGUCGUCAUAAAGUUGGGUGGAUUUUCCCCUCAACAUCUUCUUCUAAAACACAUUGCAUUACAUAUUAUAGAAUAUUGCCAGGGAGUAAAGUCAUGCUAAGGUGCACAAAAUGAACCAAAAUCUCCAUGAAACAUAACCACCAUAUAUAUUGAAAAGUAAAUGGAAUAAACGUGAAUUAUAAAGUGAAUAUUUUUAACCAGCAAUAAAAUAUUACAUAACCAAAAUAUCUCGUCGUUAUGCCAAUUAAUGGACUUAACAAUCCAAAGAUUAAGGAAUACAUACACAAAUACACUUGAUAAAAAUUAUACAAGAUAUUUUAGAAAGUGACAUUUUAACAAAGAUUGAUAAAAAAAAGAUAUAUCAUUAGAUUUGUGACGUGCUUCUAAUGCUCUAUAAAAUGUACUAAAAAAAACAUUGUGAAAAAAUGCUCUUUGGCUUAGUGAAAGAAAAAAAAAGGAUUUUUAACUUUUGACUUGAUAUUUAGACAUGAGAUGAAAAGUCUAUUUAACUAAAAGGAUAAUUUUUCGAGAAAUGAGAGAAUACAAUAAAUGAUAAACAGUAGUUGUAUAUCUUCGAUGCUAUAUAUUGACAUUUUCUGGACAAUUUUGAUAGAAAAAAAGUGAGAAACUUAGAUAAACGCCAAUUGCGAUGAUAACGUUUUGAGCGAUUUUUAAGUAUAAUAUAUUUUCUUGCACCGCAAUAAUAAGACCAAAAGACCACCUAUCAAAUGCGUACAAUCCCCCUAACACAUCGUCUAGACAUCUUCAUUACUGCGCGAGAGAAUAAAUGUUUCUUUAAAUUGAAAGGAAAACACAUCAAGACAUUGUAUUUAAAAAAGGCGUUAAUUCAAAGGUACCUUCUAGAUGAGAAAUAUAGAGAGAAAUCCUUAAGAAAUUGACUAUUGUUUUCUGAGCUUUACUUUUUCAUAAUAACUUUCCAUUAAACACAACACAUCGUCCAAGAGGAAGGCCGUUAUAUUUAAAGUGAAACACAGGCCGCACAUUUCCGAAUUGGAUUCUGAUGUUCUUAUUGAAGUUUUAUAUAAUCACAAGAAGAUAUUACGUAGAGAAAUUAAUGUAUAGUGACAAAGUAUUUAAAAAUGAAUAUUAAGAAAUACAGUAGAGACAUUAUUGAUGAAUAAAUUCAAUCGUUAAAUGCAUAAAUAAAUGAAAAUGAAGGAUCAUCAAA